ACGUGGCAACACACCACGUCAUCAAAGCACGCCUGCUGGUUGUUUCUCUCUGAACGAACAGACAUACGAGGGGACUAAAAUGAUGGAAGAGAGUGGCAUAGAGACUACUCCGCCUGCCAGCCCGAUACCUUCCCUGAGCAUGGCAUCUCCAGUCAAUCUCCCUCCACCAACUAUCGGUCACAUGACCCCCUUAUCCCCUCCCGGCGCGUCCCCCGCCCCGGGCGUCCCACCGUACACAUCGGCCACCUUCGGCAGCCCCCUGGCGUCCAUGUCCUCCUCGGGCUACGCCUCCUCCCCCAUGUCCGCCGCCUCCCAGUCCUUCAGCGGCCCCCUGGCGUCCAUGUCCUCCUCGGGCUACGCCUCCUCCCCCAUGUCCGCCGCCUCCCAGUCCUUCAGCGGCCCCUUCACUCCCCUCUCUCCGCCCUCCGUCCCGUCCCUGGGUCCUCCGAGCGGCCCGCCGCCCGCCGCCGCCGCCGCCGCCGCCGCCGCCGUCCUGUCGGCCCCUCCCGUCGGCCCGCCCACGUCGACCUUCUCCAUGAGCGCGGGGUACGACAUCACGCGGGGCCACGGCGGGCGGACCCCCCAGACCCCGCUGAUGCCCACCUUCUCAAAUCCGUCACCCAUGCCAGGAGUGGUCUCCAACCCCAUGAUGCAGCAGCCGCUGAUGUCGGGAGGCAUCGACGCAGGCUCGCCAAUCACCUUCCCCGAGGAGCCUGAAGACCCCAGGGUCACCGUGGAUACGGGCGCAGGCGGCGGCAUCUGGGGGUUCUUCAAGGGUGUGGCCGGUAACCCUAUGGUGAAGCAGGUACUUGACCGGACUAAACACUCAGUGGAGUCCAUGAUCACGACGCUAGAUCCUGGCAUGGCGCCAUAUAUCAGGUCUGGCGGGGACGUUGACAUCGUGGUGACCUCGGACAAGGAGGUGAAGGUCGAGGCGGUGCGGGAAGCCUUUCAGGAGGUGUUUGGGAUGGCUAUGGUCACGGGGGAACCGGGACAGUCCAACAUAGCCCCCCAGCCGGUGGGCUAUGCGGCUGGCGUAAAGGGGGCCCAGGAGCGCAUCGACAGCCUGCGACGGACGGGGGUCAUCCAUGAGAAGCAGCCGGUGGUGUCUGUGGAGAACUUCAUCGCUGAACUCUUCCCAGACAAAUGGUUCGACAUCGGCUGUUUGAUCCUCGAGGACCCCGGUCUCGGGGUUCGCUUGGAGAUGUUCACCCAGGCCACCCCUCUUGCCCUGGAAUACGUUCAGCAGGCCCAGUCGCUGACCCCGCCCGACUACAGCCUGCGCUGGUCGGGCCUGCUGGUGACGGUGGGGGAGGUGCUGGAGCGCAACAUGCCCAACGUCAGCCACACGGACUGGCACCAGGCCGUCACAGGUAUGUCCCGGAGACAGAUGAUCCAGAGCACGGCCCGGGCCCUGGCCGGCAUGUACAAACAGAAGCUCCCCGGCGGAGCACACUGAAUCUCCCCACCACCACUUCCACCACCUCCACCAUCACCACCCCCCCCCCCCCCCUCCUAA